AUGAAAAAGUUUUGGACACGGAGAGACGCCGACGGGCGCCGACCCGGAGAGAGUUCACCAUCAUCCGGCCGGGUCUCCGAGGACCAUCCACCUGACGAGCACACGCGCCUUCUGCCGAACCGCGUCGACAGCACGCCCUACCUCUCACCAGACGACCCAGCCGUGUCGCCAUACAACCUAUGGACCGUCCGCAUCGUGCGCUUUGCUACCGUGGCCCUUGCCUGCAUCACCUUUAUCUGGUGGGUGUUGAUGAUCGUCUCGGUCUUCAUUACGCCACCCGGCCUCCACGUCCGCGGCUCCCCCUUUUUUGCCUUCAGCUAUGCCUCCAUCGCGCUUCUCACCUUGAUUGUGACGCUGCUGUUCUUCUCGAUCCCUAGCCGGUUGACAAGAGUACUCGGCAUCGUUACUGCCGUGUUGCUGCUUGUCGAUGCGAUCCUCAUCCUGGCAGUCCCGAGGUUGCGGCACGAGGAACUCUGGGCGGGAAUUGCUAGUGUGAUUUGGGCGUUGCUGAUGGCCAUCUGGUCUGUAGCUGUCGACCGCACCGUGGCAUGGGGCAAGGCCGAGGAAGAGGAGCGCUUAACCGGCAGACCCGAGAGCAGGCGCUCGCUGCUGGAAUGGUCAGAGGUUCUGCUAUCAACAGUUGCGCUUUUCGUCAUGGCGGCUGUCGUGGUGUUGACCACGUGUACGCUCACCAUACGAGGCCUCGACUCCAGCUUGGAUCCUCCCGGUGAGCGGUACUGGGUAGACGGAGACAAAUACCAGAUCCACCUGUACUGUCACGGCAACAAGACCGACGCGAGCGGCGGUGUGGCGACGACGGUGCUCCUGGAAGGAGGUGAGGACCCGGUAGAGCGCGGCCUAUGGCAGUUUGCCGAGAACGCGGUCAAGAACGGUUCAAUUCGCAGAUUCUGCUUUGCCGAUCGACCGGGCAUGGCUUGGAGCGAUACCGCCCCGUCCCCAUUCUCGGCCAGCAUCGCGUCUGAUGCCCUGAGCGAAACGCUUUCACGGGCUGGAGAACAAGGACCCUGGGUGCUCGUAAGCGCCGGUAUUGGUUCUCUGUAUUCGCGGGUCUUCAGCUCGCGCCAUGGUGACGCAGUCCGAGGAAUCUUGAUGAUCGACCCGCUGCACGAAGACCUGCUCUCACGCGUGAGCAACGCUGGCCGUGGCUUCAUGCUUUUCAUCCAAGGCGUGAUAUCACCCCUCGGCCUCGACCGUAUCCUGGGAGCUGUAAUCAGAGGCAGGCGGGCUGCCGACAGGAUAUGGGGUCGUUCUUCCUACCAAUCGGGCACAACCAUUUUCGCUAAACUUCAGGAGAGCCUGGUAGCAGACUCGCUUACCAAGCGUGAUGUUGUCUCCAGCCGCGCCAUCCAAGACAAGGACACUCCGCUGGUGGUGAUAAGUUCAGGUGAACAUGUCCGCAGAGACAAGGAGUGGGAAGACAAGCAACGGGAUCUCACCCAUCUCACAGCCAAUCUACAAAGUUGGGACACAGUGGAUGACGCACCUCAACGAGUCUGGGGCACGUUGAGUGGGAGAGAAACGAUUGAACGGAGAUUGAAGAAGCUGGUUAGCCUUUAA